UGGAGCCGAAUAUAACGCUGCUGUUCAACAUAAGUUCGCUUCUGAUGCGCGAUGUCACAUCUAGCGUCUCAUCAGUGAUUGCCGUGAGGAAUAAGAACGUAUCAAACGCGUACGAAUGGCGUUUUGUUUUGCCGCCAUAUUUCUUGAUAUUCCUGCUCUCGAUAUCCGGCAAUUGCUUGGUGAUAGUUACCCUGACGAGCAAUAGGAGGAUGCGAACUGUAACGAACGUGUAUCUAUUGAAUUUGGCAAUAUCGGAUUUCCUGCUGGGCGUAUUUUGCCUGCCUUUCACCUUGGUUGGGCAGAUUUACAGAAGAUUCCUAUUCGGGGCUACACUGUGCAAAUUGAUACCCUUUUUACAAGCCGUCUCCGUGUCCGUGGAUGUAUGGACGCUGGUUGCCAUUUCUCUGGAGAGGUACUUCGCAAUCUGCAGACCACUUGAGUCCAGGAAGUGGCAGACCCAGUGCCACGCGUAUAAAAUGAUAGCCACGGUCUGGCUUAUAUCUCUGGUGUUAAACUCACCUAUACUAAUCGUGUCUACGUUGCAACCAAUGAGAGGGAAUGCUUACAAAUGCCGUGAAGUCUGGACUAGCCUUGAAUUAGAAAGGGCUUUCAAUUUGGGCUUGGAUGCAGCGUUACUACUCAUACCAUUCUUCAUCAUGUCGUUCGCCUAUUCGCUGAUCGUGACCAAGCUAUGGAGGGGAAUGCAGCACGAGAUACAGCACAGCUUUAAUUGGCAGAAACAUUUGCACACGGAUAGUUCGUGUAAGAACAGCCACCUGCUGUCAACAACACCGAUUUUGAACAGCAAUUCAACUGAACUGUGCUGUAGAAAUGGAUGUAAUACUAAGAAAUUGAAGGAAAAUGAACAACGACUGGAAGCAGAGAAGAAACAAGCUUUUUGCAUGCAUGCGGAUCUCGAAUUCAGACAUGUGGUUCGGUCUACGCACAUUGACAAGAGCAUAGAAGCAAAACGCAAGGUCAUACGAAUGCUGUUCGUGAUUAUUCUAGAAUUCUUCGUUUGCUGGACACCAUUACACGUCAUUAACACGAUCUACCUCUUCUAUCCUGAUGAGCUGUACAAGUACGUUGGCUCAAAGGGUAUCGUGUCCCUGCAACUGCUGGCCUACUGCUCCUCCUGUUGCAACCCUAUCACCUACUGCUUCAUGAAUCGCAAAUUCCGGCAGGCCUUCAUCAGCCUCUUCAAGACCUGUAAGCUGCUCAGGUGGUGCUUCGCUGAGAAGUCAGAGGGAAAGCAGGCGACUCCGCCACCUUCCAGCCAAGACGUUACUGCUUGUAUUAUAAGGGGCAGCCACACUGGACGCACUGAGUUGGAUGGGUUAGAAGGUGAGGAUUGUGUUUAG